AUGGCUCAACGAGAUAUUAAUAGUCCUUAUUUAUUUGAAAUUGCAUGGGAAGCUCCAGUGACAGUUCACGAGUAUGGUGAAAGGUACACACUGAUCGGUCCAUUAUCCAUCAAGACAGCAUCUGCAGAAGUGGAAGUGGAAGAAAUUAAAAACCCUUAUCUUAAAGGAGUUCUUGAUGAAAUGUCAAACAAAGGUGUAAGAUGGAUGUAUGGUAGAUGGUUGAUUGAAGGUGCUCCUCAUGUAUUAUUGUUUGACACAAAUUCAGUGACCAAUAAACUAGAUUCAUGGAAAAGUGAUUUAUGGAAUGAUGUUGGUAUUCCAUCACCACCAAAUGAUCAAGAAACAAACGAUUCAAUAUUAUUUGGUUAUUUGGUAGCUUGGUUUCUAGAUGAUUUUGUGGCUCAAGAAAAAUCCAAAGCAAUAAUUGCACAUUUUCAUGAAUGGUUGUCUAGUGUUGCUAUACCAUUAAUUCGUAAACGUGGGACUGAUUUGACAACAAUAUUUACCACUCAUGCAACUUUGUUAGGAAGAUAUUUAUGUUCUGGUUCAGUAGAUUUUUACAAUGAAAUCUCUAAUUUUUCAGUUGAGGAUGAAGCUGGAAAACGUGGGAUAUAUCAUCGUUAUAGUAUUGAACGUGCUGCAGCUCAGUGUGCUGAUGUUUUCACUACUGUCAAUGGAGUUCUCCCAAAUGGUUUAAAUGUAGUGAAAUUUUCAGCAAUGCAUGAAUUUCAAAAUUUACAUGCAAGAAAUAAAGAAAAAAUUCAUAAAUUUGUUAAAGGUCAUUUCUAUGGUCAUUACAAUUUUGACCUGGACAAUACUUUGUAUUUUUUUAUUUCUGGUCGUUAUCACUACAGAAAUAAGGGUGUUGAUAUGUUUAUUGAAUCAUUAGCAAAAUUAAAUCAAAGGUUAAAAGCAUGCAAUUCACCAAUUACGGUAGUUGCAUUUAUUAUCAUGCCAACUAAAAUACAAUCUUUUGCAGUUGAAGCUUUGAAAGGUCAAGUAGUCACAAAACAACUUCAAGAAACUGUAAAAGACAUUACUGAUAAAAUUGGUCAAAGGAUAUUUGAGAAAGCUGCAAGAUAUGCUGGAGGAGAAAUCAAUAAUGCAGUGGUUGACCCUUAUGAAUUAUUUACUGAUGAAGACAAGGUGUUACUGAAACGUCGUGUUAUGGCACUAAAAUCUAGCAUACCUCCACCAAUAUUAACUCAUAAUAUUGCUGAUCCUGAAUCAGAUCCAAUCUUGACACAAUUACACCGUCUGGAACUAGUUAAUAAUCCAGAAGAUCGUGUAAAAGUUAUAUUUCAUCCUGAAUUUCUAACUUCAAACAACCCUCUGAUUGGCUUAGAUUAUGAGGAUUUUGUACGUGGUUGUCAUCUAGGUGUGUUCCCAAGUUAUUAUGAGCCAUGGGGUUACACUCCUGCUGAAUGUACAGUAAUGGGUGUCCCAUCCAUCACAACCAAUUUAUCGGGUUUUGGAUGUUUCAUGGAUGAAAUAUUGGAAAAUUCAUCAGAUUAUGGUAUUUAUAUAAUUGAUCGAAGAAUGAAAUCCACUGAUGAAUCAACUCAACAAUUGGUUGAUUACAUGUUACAAUUUUGUCAGAAAACAAGACGUCAACGUAUAAAUCAACGUAACAGAACAGAACGAUUGUCAGAUUUGUUAGAUUGGAAAUUGGUUGGUAUGGAAUAUGUCAGGGCAAGAAAAUUGGCAUUGCAUAGAGCAUAUCCAGAUUCAUUUAUUAAUAAUAAUGAUGAUAAUACCAGUGAGAGUAACAGUAUGAAUGAAAAUAAUAUACACUACUUAAAUAUUAGAACUCCUGGUUCAACCAUAGAUGAAGAAAUUGGUAUCAGUACUGGUGGCGAAUAUCCAUUUCCAGUGAUUGCUAGUGAUAAUACUAAUGAUGGUCAAAGUCAAAUGCAUAAAGGAAUCAGAAUGCUAUCAUCAAUGUUAUGGAGUAAGAUUCUAAAUGAUUAUUGUGUCAUCACCACUAUUUUCACGUCACAACAAUUUAAAAAAGCAGAUGCUAAAAGUUUGCCAAAUGGCUGCCUAGCAAUUGCAAAACCGGAACAGAUUACCAACAUGUUCAUAGGGAUUGGGGAUGCUAUUUCUCAAAUAUGCAGAAAGUGA